AUGUCAAAUCGCCCAAACGCCUCGGCGGGUCCUUCUAGACCUCCUCCGAAACAUGUCAGAAUCAUCGAGAAAACAUCGGACCUGAUGAGACGGAACGAGUAUCUCAAGAAGCAAGGUAAGGGCAAGGGACGGGCAAUUUUGGGUGGUGUGCUCGAUAUGGUUGACGCCAGUCAGAUUCCUAACGCUCUACAGGUGGAAAAGUUUGCAGAGACCCGCGCUUUGGAAAUUCUUGCAUUACAAAAUGCCAUGAAAUCAUCCGCUGAUAGUAACAACUCCCGAGUCUUUCAAUCCCUCCCUCGGCAUCUACGAAGAAGAGCGGCUAGUCAUAAUCCUAGACGAGUACCAAAACGUCUGCGUAGUAAAGCCGCGUCGGAGAUCGAUCCGGGGGACAAAAUAGCCAAAUCACAUCGAAAACGCGCCAAAUUACGUGCGAGAGCAAAAGGGAAGGAGACCGGUAGAACAGAAGAACUCUUGCGACGACAGAACAAUAAGACCUGGCUCCCGACUCAUAUAUACCAUGCCAAACGAUUCCACAUGUCAACGUUAUGGGGUCACCGAAUUCCUCUGACACCAACCUUGAAAUCCUUCAGACCGGCAUAUCGUGCUUCACGUCGAAGAGCAACUUUACAAGAUGUCAGCUUCAUUGGGAUCAUCGAGAUCUCAGGAAAACGAGCCCAGCUCAUCACCCUCCUCGGCAGGAUGAUGGAGGGUCAUUUUGCAGGCAAUAAGUACGAAACAGGAGCCAGAAUGGCUAAUGUUUGGGCUUAUCAUCCGGACACUUUCCCGGAGGGUCUGAUAGGACCUGUCGGAAUGGUUUGGGCUCCUGCUUUAUCUCGACAGUCUCAAUUGGAAGAGACGUUGAGUGGAAACAAGGGAUCCAUCGAUGGAAGAACGGGUCCGGCAAAUAAAGAAGAUGAUAAGCGAUUGUGGAUCAGGGCUCAUCCGGCGAUAUUCGACCAGCUUUGGGGUGCUUUGCGUGUAGCCUGUGAAAAAAGUCGAGCAAAGGUCACCCUCAGUGACAAACGUGGGGAAGUUGGGGCUUUUGAGAUUAUGGGACCAUUAGCAGGACAGGUCCUCACACGGGUUUUGAGCGCUUGUAAGACCAACUCAGGAGAAAAGAAACAGUUUCUUCGGCAAUUGGGACAUGUUGGAUCCUCGGGGGAGGUGCCAGAGGGUAUGGUAGUGGGACUAAAAGUGGACGAUCCUCGACUCAGCUUCCCUCCACCAGCAGCUUCUACAAAUACUCCCCCAUCCCCUAUGGACAACAUCUCCCGGAUAUCUCCAUUCACUCCUUCCCCAUCACUCGCAUCUACAUCUUUAUGGAACGCUAUCCCUUCCAAACCGCGCUUUAAAAAAUCUGAUCUUGAUCGUCGACGUCAACUCCAAUCUACUCCCGGUACCCGUCUGAUACCAACUGGCGAAGACGACAAAAUACCUGUUACGAUCACUCAACGAUCUAUCUCACCUUCAUCAUCUCUCCACCCAAACCUUGCUUUAGGGGGAACAAGUGAAGAUCACUCAUUACACGGUUUCACCCUUAUCUUCCCUUCUGCCUUCUCAAUGGCUUUCCUCCUAUCUUUCAUAUAUACAAAUGUGAAAUUGGUCGGUCUUGCCGAACGUCGAGCUCAAUACAGGGAAUGUGGUAUCCCUCAUUUCCCCGAACAUUGGGGUGGGACAUGUAAAGCUGGAAUUGAAUGGGAAGAAGAGAAAGCAAAAGAAGAAGCUGAAUGGUGGAGUCGACGUCCUCCUGGUAAACGACCCGAAUGGAGUGGAUUAGGGAUCGAAUGUCCUUUUAAACCUAAAUGGAGUUCAAUCAUUUCUCAAAAUGACAUCGAGGUCGAAGAGGAAUAUAUCAAUAAUCCCCCUCUUUCUGAUCAAAAAGAUCCACUUCCAAUAAUCCUUCUCUCACCAACUUUAACGCCCCAUCUCCCACGAUUACAAGGAGUCAACGGACCUGAAGUAUUUCAGAAGAUGAUGAUGGCUUAUCGUACUCAAAGACAAAUGCCUAUUCUGACGAAAUCGGUUUUGGGAAGUUUGUGGGACAGGACGAUGUUACACGUGAAAGUGGAGAUGGUGGGACGGGGGAAUCCUGGUGAUAUGGCUAUCAUCUAUUCUUUAUAUUCUAAGGAAAGGGAAAAAUGGGUGAAGGCGUAUUCGGGAGCACUCCCUCUUCCCCAUCACUCCAGUCUAGAACAAUACUCCAUCAACAGAUCAGAGAAUCCUACAUCUGACAUCACACAAUCAAAUCCUUUGGUCCCAACAGUCAUGACAGCCAGCGAGGUUACAAAGCAGGAUGAAGAAGUCGAAGCUUACAAUGGGGUUUUGGUGGAUGACGAAAUGACUAUAAUAGAGAAAGAGGUGAAGAAAGAAGAAAGGAUGCUUAAACUUGGUCAAGAACCUAUGGACCGUACUAAAAUCAUAGGAUGGGUUUUAUCUGGUAAUUUCUCUCUUGCCAGAGGAAAAGGAUGGGGAAUAGGGAUGAUAAGCCUUAAAAGUUAUGUGAACGCAGUGAAGGUUUCAUCCUCUAUGAUCAAUGAGGGAGAUGGUGAUCAAUCUAGUAUGAAUGUAGGACGGUCGUCAGGGGAGGAGAAGUCGAUACAUUUUGGUGAAGGGAAGCAGCAGUCGAUAAUUUUUGGAAAAGGGAAGGAAAAGUCGAAACGUCUUGGAAAAGGGAAAGAGGUAAAGGCAAGUAAAGGUAACGAUAUGAGUGAGUUGGAAGGUAAGGUUUUGGUAAAGGUUAGGAAUAAGGAUGGUAGGGUAUGUCGUUUAGCUUAUCUUUCUUUGAUCUAG